AUGCCAUUUCCGAGUUUAUUUGUGACGUUGUGUUUUGCCAUCUGCAUCAUUGAUGGCGUAGAUGGCACGGCACCAACCCACUGCAGUGAAGAAGGAGAUAAGGAGUACUAUUGUGAUUACACGGCGAUGACGUCAUCCUCAGAUCGACCAAUAGACUAUGCCGGCUUCGGAACAGUUCCGCAAACGCUGAAAAUUGACGUGUCUGGAUUUAUUCCGUAUUUCGGCGACACACAGAUGUUCAGCACGUCGUUUGCCAAUGUUGAUGAAACCACACUGGACACCAACAGACCCGCGUCGCUCGAAUUAUACUGUAGUCUCGGAGCCAAUAUCUUCUUUGAGGAAAAUGCAUUUGAUAACAUGACAUACAUGCAAUAUUUCAAGAUAAAGGACUGCACCACUCUUUAUGUCCCUGCUCGAGCGUUCGCAGGAUUUGUAUUCUUGGACUCGUUCAUUAUCGAAGGGGGGUCAAUCGAUGACGUCGACCCCAGCGCCAUGAGUGGUUUGGACGUUAAGGACCUUUCUGCCUCUAUUCACGAAAUGCCAAGAAAUUUCGGAAGUUUCGCUAUACGCUAUGCGAAGUUUGUCGGCCAGACAAUCCCACCUGGUUUACUCUACAGCUGGAAGUAUUUGAACGAUGCUGCCAUUGUGGGUGCAGACGUGGCGACGAUGACAGCUGAUGCGUUCAAGUACAGCGCACGACUCAAGAGGAUUGACAUCAGUGAUAACACGUUCACCUCCAUCCCCUCAGGAAUGUUUGAGGGGCUUGACAUGCUGUCCGAGGUGACGAUGAACAAUAUUGCCUGGACAUGCACGUGUGAUGACGCCUGGUUCGUAGAGUACGCCGAAACCAACAAUAUCACCAUUCGGAGUGAUUUGGUAUGCGGACAGGAAGGCUUUGCUGUUUCGGGAAAAUGCCUCCACCUGAUUUCCCUCCUAGUCUACGGUCUAGCCUUCGUUGCUUUCGUUCUAUGUUGGGUAAGCCUCGGUUUGAUCAUCUGCACACGCAAGCAGCACGCGCAGAAGGGCGAGCGCAAAACGAAAGCACGUGGUCGCUGGAAUAAAGUCUUGGAUAUGAAAGCAAAAGGGAAAGGGAAAAAGAAAUAG